AUGGUUCACGGACCUGAAGGACCUCUCAACAGUACCACCGUGGAGGAUCCCAUCAUCGGUCAUAUUGCUGUCUCAAGGCCCAGUGCUACACCUGGAAACCCAAUGGCUAAACUUAGCUAUGCAUGUUCAGAAGAGAAGGAUAUGUAUGAGACUUCAGAGGAAAGUAUGAAGUCGAGUAUUGGUCAGGAUAGGAGCUCAAAGAAUGCUAUCCUGAUGGAGGAGCCUCAACUGGGUGGAUUGGAUGAGUUACAGGCUGAGGCUGAGGGAUAUGAGCUGCAGCUACAACAAAUUCAAGAUGCUGCAAGUCGGGGCCUGAAAUUUGUUGGGAUAGUACCUCAGCAUGUUUCCCAAAUGAACUCCAAGAGUAUUAGUGCUGUAAUAUCUAUCAGCAACAGCUCCCCAGAAUUAAAAGAUGACAAGAAUUCAUUCGAUAUUCCUGAAGAUUGUUCUUCAUUAAUUUUUGAAAAGGGUAAUGGCAGUGAUGUAUGCAAGGUCCUAGCAACAGAAGAAGAAUGUAGUGAUCAGCAGAUGAACUCUAGUGAAGAUCUAGGAGGUGAACAGGCAGUUACUGAGCAUAUUAGCUUAAUAUCUUCUGGAGAACGUGGAGGGAAGCUUCAAGAAACUGAGAUCUUGGCACUCUUCAACCAGCCAAAGACCUUGCAGACACCCAGCCAAUACUACACCGUAAUUGUACCGGUAAGAUUCAUCAACAGUGGAAAAAGCAUUUGUGCCUUAGAAGCCAAUUGGCUCGAGGACAUGACAGAUCACUUCCGAAAAGGGAGUACAUUGGUACAUGGCAUCUUCAAUCAUGGAAUGAUAAAUGAUACCUUCCAGGGCAUGACAGAUGGAAUGUUCAUCUUUGAAGAUCCUUCUGUAGAUGAUAGCAGAAGUGUCCAAGGCUAUGAUGCUAUUGUUGUAGAGCAGUGGACAAUCUUAGAUGGGGUUCACGUACAGGCAGAUUACAUCCCCUUGUUGAACUCUCUUGCAGUAUAUGGUUGGCAGCUGACCUGUGUGCUUCCCACUCCAAUUGUAAAGACAAAGAGAGAUGGAAAACUAGCCACAAAGCAGAUUGUCUUUCUUCAGAGACCUUUCCUGCCCCAGAAAAACAAGAGGAAGCAACCUAAGUUUCAUUGGAGAUUCUCUAAACAAGACCAACACCAGCAAGAGAAGAAACCUCUGAAGGCAAAGCUAAGUGCCAGAGCCCAACAGCAGCAGACAGAAGAAACACAGGAGUCAGAAGCUACAAAUGGAAAAAAUUCAGAAGCACAGCUUUCCACAAAUGAUUUACAAUUCCCAGUAAUUUCAUAUCAGCAGCUGGCUUGUGCUGAAGACAGGACUCUUGAGCACAGAAUGCCUUCCUAUGACAAGGAGAUGUCUGCAGAAACAUGGAAUGCAAGACAGAGUGGUGAUGAAGACAUGGGGGGCUUCUGUCAGAACAGCACACAUGAAAAUGAAAGCCAGAUGUUUCAAGACCAUUGCACCACAGCAGAUGACAGGAUGUAUGAAGCAGAAGCAACAGGAACUGACUGGAUCCCUGAGGUAUUAGCUAAUUGAGAGGGGCAAAUAUUUGCCAAAAUAAAGGACUCAUUUUGAAUAUCACAAAUAUAACUCUACAUUAGAUUUGGUUUGAUAAUGUUGAAUUUUUAUAGGUACAUAGAAGAAAUGCUAGCACUGCUGUAUCUUCAUGUUACCAGUAGAUGCAAACUCAUUCAGCUUUUUUGCUAAUCAUGGAAUUCAAUGGAUAAAUUGCUUUUGAACCAAACACGGUUCAAAAUAUGUUUAAUAUAAUAUUUUUAAAUAAAGUGUUGUUGAUGUAUACCACUUUUUUAUUCUCCUUCAGAGAAUGGAAUUUAGGAGUUUAGAAGCUUUAAAGAAGUGAUGAUAAUUAGAUUUUGUCUUAAGUGCAUCUAUUUGUAUUGUCUUUGGAUUAAACAAUCUUUUUCAGAAUUUUAAAGCAAUAAUAGGGAUUCAUAUUUUAUUUGAAAA